AUGAGGAUCCCCGUCCUUCUGCUCUGCCUCUGGAGCGCCCAUUGUUGCUUUGCCGCGGGAGGCCCCGCGCCCCUGGGUCCGGAGGGACCGCCGCAAGAUGAGCUCCAGGAACCCAAGGAUGUGCAGAUCGCUGCCAAACCCCCUGUGAGGUUUAACCUCCGCAUCUCCGAAGACCCAGAGCACGAAGGAUGUUACCUCCCCCUUGGCCACAACCAGCCCCUGGAAGACUGUGGCUUCAACAUGACAGCCAAAACCUUCUUCAUCAUUCACGGAUGGGCGAUGACUGGCAUACUUGGGGAAUGGCUGUACAAACUUGUGUCAGCCCUGCGGACGAGAGAGAGAGAAGCCAAUAUCGUGGUGGUGGACUGGCUCCCCCUGGCUCACCAGCUUUAUGCAGAUGCGGUCAAUAACACGAAGACAGUGGGACACAGCAUCGCCAGGAUGCUCGACUGGCUUCAGGAGAAGGACGGCUUUUCUCUUGGGAAUGUGCACCUGAUCGGCUACAGCCUCGGAGCUCACGUGGCCGGGUAUGCUGGCAACUUCGUGACAGGCACGGUGGGCAGGAUCACGGGACUGGAUCCCGCCGGGCCCCGGUUUGAAAGGGCGGACAUCCACAGCAGGCUGUCCCCCGAUGACGCGGACUUUGUGGAUGUCCUCCACACCUACACGAGUUCCUUCGGCUUGAGCAUCGGGAUUCAGAUGCCCGUCGGCCACAUCGACAUCUAUCCCAACGGGGGCGACUUCCAGCCAGGCUGUGGACUCAACGAUGUUUUGGGGUCAUUUGCAUAUGGAACGAUCGCAGAAGGCAUGAAAUGUGAGCACCAGCGGGCCAUAUACCUCUUUGUUGACUCCCUGAUGAACGAGGACAAGGCGAGCUUUGCAUUCCAGUGCACGGACUCGCACCGCUUCAAAAAGGGGAUCUGCCUCAGCUGUCGGAAGCACCGCUGUAACAGCAUUGGCUACAACGCCAAGAGAACGAGGCACAAGAGGAACAGCAAGAUGUACCUAAAAACCCGGGCGGGCAUGCCUUUCCGAGUUUAUCAUUACCAGAUGAAAAUCCAUUUCUUCAGCUACAAGAACAUGACAGAAAUCGAGCCCAACUUUUAUGUCACCCUUUACGGCACCAGUGCAGACUCGCAGAUGCUGCCAUUGGAAGUAGUGGAGCAGAUCAGGCUGAAUGCCACCAACACCUUCCUGGUCUACACAGAGGAGGACUUGGGAGACCUCUUGCAGAUCAGACUCACCUGGAAACGGGUACCUCAGUCCUGGUACACCCUGUGGACCAACUUUCGCAGCUACCUAUCUCAAUCCCGGAAGUCUGAGCAGGAAGUGAAUAUCAGGCGCAUCCGGGUCAAGUCUGGGGAAACCCAGCGGAAAUUUGCUUUUUGUGUGAAAGACCCUGAGAACACCAGCAUAGCCCCUGGCCAGGAGCUCUGGUUUCACAAGUGUCUGGAUAGCCGGAGAAUACAAGAUGGAAUAAGGCAAACUGUGGAGCUUCCCUGA